AUACUUUUCAUUCAUUUAAAUUAGUUCACAUCACAUUUGGUUAAUUUUAAAAACUUCCCUUCCUUUCCCCUUUUCACUUCACCUUGCUCAUAGUACCAAAACAAAAAAGCCUAAAAAAAAUGAAUAGAAAUGGAUACAAAGAUGAAAAAUCAUGUUGCUAUUUCCACCCAAAACAAGUAGUUGUUGGGGUAUGUCCUUUAUGUUUGAAUGAGAGACUCCUCCUAUUGGCUGCAAAACAAGGGCGGCGCCACCACCACAACCACCGUUCUAAUUCUUCUUCUUCUUCUUCUAAUUCACACAAGCUUCAAAGUUCCAUAAACAGAAAGCCACCCACUUCUUCUUCUAUUCACAAGAUCUUUGCUUUUGGUUCUCUCUUCACUCGCCUUGAAUCUCGCCAAUGCAAAUCUCAUCACAACUAUGAUUAUGAUGAUGUCUCUCCAAGUCCAGAAGAAGAGUCAUUCAUAUCAAUCAAGUUUGAAGAGAAUGGGGUAGCCUCGUGGGAAAAAAGCACGGUCUCAAAGGUGUCCCUAGAGAAUUGCAAAAACAACAACAAUGUGUCAUGGAAACAUCAAAGCAUGAUCUCAAACAUCAAAGACAACAAAGAGACCAAGAGUGUGAUAGAGCAUGGAAAGUCACGUGACACAUUCAGGUGGCGAAAGAGGAUUGGUCACAUGUUCCAGCUCAUACGUUGGAAGAAAAAUGUUGGUGUGUGCCACGUAGGCAACAAAGUUGAAGGAGGAGCAGUGAAAGUCAGAAAAGGUUGGAUGAGGACUCUGACAAAGAGGAAGUCGACGACCAUGGAAUAAUAAAAGUAGUAGUAGUACCAUUAAAGAAAAAGUCACAUUAUAAUUUGGUUUUGGAAUUCACAACAAAUAUUUUUUUCUCUUAAGGAUGGAUAUCUCUCGGUCAAAAUUCAAACAUCAAUUUAUUAUAUUGUGUAAAAAUUAAGACGCAAUAUCUGUGAGUGAAUGAAGAUGAAGAUAAUUAUUAUAAGAAUUUGUUUGUACCUUUGGUUCUAAUCACUUUGCAUUGUGACUAAAGUUAUUAUAAAAGUACUAUUUAUAUGGUACA